AUGAAGCACAUUAUCAACUCGUAUGAAAACAUCAACAACACAGCAAGAAAUAAUUCCGACUGUCCUCGUGUGGUUUUGCCGGAGGAGAUAUUUUUCACAAUUUCCAUAGUUGGAGUUUUGGAGAAUCUGAUCGUCCUGCUGGCUGUGUUCAAGAAUAAGAAUCUCCAGGCACCCAUGUACUUUUUCAUCUGUAGCUUGGCCAUAUCUGAUAUGCUGGGCAGCCUAUAUAAGAUCUUGGAAAAUAUUCUGAUCAUAUUGAGAAACAUGGGCUAUCUCAAGCCACGUGGCAGUUUUGAAACCACAGCCGAUGACAUCAUCGACUCCCUGUUUGUCCUCUCCCUGCUUGGCUCCAUCUUCAGCCUGUCUGUGAUUGCCGCCGACCGCUACAUCACCAUCUUCCACGCACUGCGGUACCACAGCAUCGUGACCAUGCGCCGCACUGUGGUGGUGCUUGCGGUCAUCUGGACGUUCUGCACGGGGACUGGCAUCGCCAUGGUGAUCUUCUCCCAUCAUGUGCCCACAGUGAUCACCUUCACGUCGCUGUUUCCGCUGAUGCUGGUCUUCAUCCUGUGCCUCUAUGUGCACAUGUUCCUGCUGGCUCGAUCCCACACCAGGAAGAUCUCCACCCUCCCCAGAGCCAACAUGAAAGGCGCCAUCACACUGACCAUCCUGCUCGGGGUCUUCAUCUUCUGCUGGGCCCCCUUUGUCCUUCAUGUCCUCUUAAUGACAUUCUGCCCAAGUAACCCCUACUGCGCCUGCUACAUGUCUCUCUUCCAGGUGAACGGCAUGUUGAUCAUGUGCAAUGCCGUCAUCGACCCCUUCAUAUAUGCCUUCCGGAGCCCAGAGCUCAGGGACGCAUUCAAAAAGAUGAUCUUCUGCAGCAGGUACUGGUAG